CCGCGGGCCGCCGCGCAUGCGCACCGUGAGCUUUCAGCAUGGCCACGGUGCUGUCCCGCGCGCUGAAGCUGCCAGGAAAAAAGAGCCCGGACCUAGGGGAGUAUGACCCCCUCACUCAGGCUGACAGUGAUGAGAGUGAAGAUGACCUUGUGCUCAACUUGCAGAAGAAUGGGGGAGUCAAGAACGGGAAGAGCACCCUGGAGGAGGUGCUGGACCCAGACUCAGAAGUGGAGGUCGAGGUGACAAAGCAGCGGCUGUCAGAGAGUGUCCCAGAUGGGUACCCUGCAGAGGCCACUGGCAGCCUGGAGCAGAAGGCAACCUCCUCCCUGAUGCCUUACCUGCGCACAGCAGUCUUCUUGCUUACCAUGGUUAUCUCCAUGAUCCUGGUGCUGGUGUGCGCCUUUCUCAUUCCUUGUCCUCCUAGAGACUUGCAUAACACCUGGAACCGCAACCUUGGCCAGGAAGCAGGUGGAGUGCUGUUCCCACUGGAGCUCUCCGAUGUGAAUGGUGAUGGGCUCCCGGACAUCCUGCUCUCCUUCACAGCCCUGAUGAAUGCUAGCGUAUUGGGUGUUUCUAGGCCAUCGGUAACUGUCAUGGCCCUUUCUGGUAUGAACGGCAGCACCCUGUGGUCCAGCCACAUUCCAGAAGAGACUCGGAGUGUGCAGUGUAAAGGACUGAUUCUCACCGCCCCAGCUGAGCCUGUCUGCCUUGUGACUGGAACAUCCAAAUUCCUCAGCCUUCUCCAUGCCUCCUCAGGGAAAACCAUCUGGACAUUGAACCCAGCCCACCUGCCAAGUGGGACCCUGGCUGCACCAGCCGUCAUGCUGCCAGAUUUGGAUGGGGAUAAGGUUGGAGAUCUGGUGGUUCUGGCCAUUGGAGAGACCCAGCCAGACCUGUGCUUUAUCCUGGUAUCGGGUAAGACGGGAAACCCUCUGGGUGGGCCCGUGAAGUACAGCAUCAAUGGAGAAGGAAAACUGAUCGGCCCCCAAGCCCACAUUACCAGCCGAGGAGCCAUCUAUAUCCUGUUUGGCUUUGGUAAUGUCCAAGCAGUCGCCCUGAGGGAUCUCUUUGCCCAAGCCAGAAACCGUGACAGCUUCCCUCCUGUGCUGCAGCGGGAGGAGCCAGAGUGGGAGAAGCGCAGAUCUGUCAACUUAUCGGAGCUCAUUGACAUUUACAGCGGGGGCGUUGAGUUCCUGCAGAUGGUGACGGCUUCAGAUACCAACUGCAGCGACCUCCUCAUCACCACAAAACACAGCCUGACUCUGCUGCGAGGAGAGGACCUGGAGCCCCGCUGGAACCUGGAGCUGCAGGACAUUCACAGCCAGCCUGCCCCUGGCUACUUCAAUGCUGACCAAACCCUGGACUUCAUGGUGCAGGCGCAGAGCAACAACAAUGUGAAAAAGAUGCUGGUGGUGGAUGGUAAAUCAGGCCUCCCUGUUUGGAGCUAUGAUCUCCCGUGUCACAUGCAAGAAUCUGAUGCACUGUCAGUGAUGACUUUGGAGAGGAAAUCUGUUUUUCUCUUCUGGGCUGACGAAAUGCAGCCUGCAUUACAAAACUUGGAGCCUGGCCCAAGAAACAAGCGUCCAGGGCUACACCACCUCUACCUCCUGCACCCUACCUUUCCUACCAUCCUUUUGGACCUCACCAAUGUAACAGACACAGUGACUGCUUCAGCCAUUGGAAUUAACGAUCUCCAAAAAGAUGCGUUUUACAUCACCGUGACAACGAGCCCUACCUCCGAAAACCAGCCGGGCCUGCUGUUGGUCAGUAAGCUGAGCCUGCGGUGGGCCAUGCUCACUCAGAGCCGAAUGGUGCCGCUGAUGGAGACCACCCCAAAAAUCAGCCGUGGGGAAGUGAGGAGAUUCCUCUCCAGGCUGAAAUUUAUUGAUUUUCCUCACAAGUUCUAGCAUGUUGGCCCAUCAAGUUUCAAUAGCCAGGUGGACGUGUGGUCUGGGUGGGGCACGGGGAGCUGCUCGGCGAUUCCUCAGGACGUCCGCUGUGCCCAGGGAGUGGGGACUGAGCACUCUCUCUGUCCCCACCCCCCGCUUGCUGUGGAAUGGCAGGGCCGGGUUUGCCAUUGCCAGAUGCCACCACUGGGAGCAACUGUGUGUGACCCCUUCCCCCCCACACCCUGCCUGCAUGCUUCCUUCCAGGUAACAUGGAAAUGAGAAGGCAGAGCGGUAGAGCUCUGAAUAGAUACAUGUAUAUUUUUGUAUGUUUAAUUUAUGAACUGGUUCCAGGAAACUCCCAUUUGUAUCCAUCCAGCAUUUCCUGCCAUUCUGCUCUAAUCUCUUUAUUUUUGUAGUGGAGCCUCUGCCUGGCUCAUAUGUGGCAGGGCUGGUCACGGAGGCUCCACCAGCUGUCCUACCUCUUUAUUUUACAGUCACCAGGCCACUCCACUUUUCCAUGUCCAGUUCCCAGUCUCCUGAACCGUCCAGCCCUCUGUGCCCUUGGCAGGUUGGGAACGUGUGCUCCAGAGGAGAAAGGUUCCACGUCCCCACUCCAAUUGUCCCGCCCAACCAGGUUGAAGUAGUUGGUGGAGCGGCUCCCCAUUCCUAGGUCGCCCUUUCCCCUUGCUUUGUUUGCAGGCCCAGAGCUCCAUAGAAACAUGCCCAAUAUUCACAAGAACAUCACAAAGCAAAUUUGUUAACUGAAGUGGGCCGGAUCCUUAGGAACAGGGGAGUGCAACCACUUUGUGCCGUGCCUCUGGCAGACUCUAGCCUGGAUAUGUGGCCCCAGGAAUAUCUCAGCAGUGUGAAGUGGUUCCUCAGAUGGUGUAAAGGCUUUUCUGAACCCUCUUGCUUCUUGCAUAGGAGGAGGGGCUGGAGGCAGGGGGUAGAGCCAGGAGACCCUUUUCUGAACUGAUCCCAAGCUGCAGUUUUGGUCCUUUAUGGCCAUCACCAGGUAGCAUAAGUUAGAAUAGCCAGAAGGCUGCUCUGACUUAACAGUGGGGACCUGUGCUACUCCCAGCUGCCCCAGAAUCAGGAGAGGAUUAAGAUGGGCUUUAUAUUAUCACUUUCCCCCCAACCUUCCUCACAGUGCAAAAGCCAGAUCUGUCCCCAGUAUAUUUUAAUUCUAUGAAAUGUAAUCUCUGUGUCUCGGGGUGUGCGACGGCCUGUGCUCCAAUUCUGGAGUGUGUCCGUAAAGCCUCCUGUGACAUAGGGGCAAUGCCUCCUUGGUGAUGUCUGGCCCCUACUAACUUUCCCCGCUGCAGGGUGCCCUCUUAUAGGAACUGGUUUCCCAGCAUGCCUCUCUCAGGCUGGCCCUUUACAUUUGGCAGAGCCAAGCAACUGUAGCCGUAAAGUGGCCAAUUGGCUGCUGCUUGGUACAUUUUUCUCUCCUCCAGCUAGUAUGUCCCCUUUGUUUUCCUCCAGUUCUUCUUUUCUUAGUGCUGAGGAGAGGGCACAGUUUGGCACCUCCUUUUAAAAGGGCACAUGAGCUAUGGGUGUGGUUGGCUCUGUACCCUGGGCUCUUGGCCCAGCUCCCCACUGCUUGUUUCUCUUGCUCUCUUUCCAGUGAAAUGCUUCUGUGCAGUCUCUUCAGGGGUAGCUGCAACCCCGAGGCUGGGCCUUGGGCCUCUCCUUAUUAAUGCCAGAGCCUUUGAACAGUCUGUAUAUGUUUAAUGGUAUUUGUGUGUAAAUAGCUUUGUAAAUAUUAGCACAACUGUAACAAGGAGCUCUGGUCCUAGCGCCUGCCCGGCCUCUAUUCUCUUCUAGCUGGGUGUGGUGUUUAUAUGUGUUGGUUGGUUUGUAAAUCGGGCUGGCUGGUAGUGGCUGAAUGUAAGGACCAGUAGGCAAGUUAGGAACAGGGAUGUGCUUCCUCCUCACCUCCCAUCUUGCUGGGAAAGGCUGGUGGGUCACUACCCGAAGGAGUAAUUCCCCUGAGGUGCUUCCUUAAACUCCUAGGCGUGAUAGUCAACGUCCAGUGAUGCUAGCUCCCCCAUACUGUGAAUUUCUCCCAUGCGUUCCCACUGUGAAUAAAGACUGUCUGUAUAUUGUUGGGAACUGUGAACUGCAGUGAAACAAAUAAAUAUCAUGUACAAUA